CAGCCAACAGCAACCGCUGCCGCCGCUGGCUACUAUGCACUGGGUGGCAUACGAAUACCCAAGUCGCCAUCGUUUCACAGCGGCUUAGAUCAGCUGGCCGACGACGAGGAGCAGUCGGGCCAGGGCGAUAAUAGCAAAUUCAAGUUCAGCAGCGUGGGGGAGCUAAAGGCCAAGUUUGAGGUGCAGGCACGCAAAAUGCCACUGUCGCCACCAGAGGCAAGUGCCACCACCACCACCGCAUCAUCGUCGCCAUCGUCCUCAUCGACUAGCUCAAAUUCGUCGGCAUCGGCACUGUCAUCGCUGUCGCAGGCUGGCUCGUCCUCGCUGGGCUCGGCUGCAGCGAGCUUAUCGGCUUCCAGCUUAUCGGCGGCCACAUACGGAGGUGGUGCCAAUUCCGCAGCCGCAGCGUUAAUUGCCUCCUCAUCGCCGUUUGGGUCACAGACCUCCACGUCCUCAUUGUCGCUGUCGUCCGCGACGACGAAUGUGCUGCCAGCAGCAACAAUAACAACAACAUCAGCAGCAGCACAACAAACACCACCAGCAGCCAUGUCUAAGAACACGCCCACCACAACAGCAACUGGAGUUGCAACCGGAACAAGCGGCAACUCACUGGUGUCCACCUUGGCGCAACAUUUCUCGGCAGCCACCACAGCCAGUUCAUUGCUAAGCACUGCAUCUAGCGCAGUCACUGCUGCAAGCAUAGCCAGUUCGUCCAGCAACAAGUCACCCGUGAGCGCCGCCGCGGCCAUUAAGAACAUAUUGAAUGCCACCAAAAAUGUGGGCAGCAAUGCAGCUGCGUCAAGCACCAACUGCAGCAGCAACAGCAGCAGCAGCGAAGUAGCGCCCGAGGAGCCGCUGCGCUCGACAGUGGCACAGAAUCUGGUCGGUGGCAUUAGCAUUUCCCUAGGCAUUGGCCAGCGCAACGGCAGUACGGCGACUGUGGCGGUGGUGUCGGUGGCGUCGUCGUCAUUGUUGUCGACGUCGUUGUCGUCGUCGUCUGCGUCAGCACUACGCCAAAACGGCGAUGCCAUGGGCCACAAUCUAUCGUCGCCGCAGACGCUGCAACAGCUGACGGGAAGUCCAGGACGCGCACGCGAUCGGAAUCUGUUUCACUCGCCGCCCAACGCAUCAACUGCGCUGGCGUUGCCGCCACUGCGAGAAACACCAGCGCAGGAGCGGGAGGAGCUGUUUCUGCAGAAACUACGGCAAUGUUGCACUCUUUUCGAUUUCUCCGAGCCCCUAAGCGAUCUAAAAUGGAAGGAGGUCAAACGUGCCGCCCUGCACGAGAUGGUCGAGUAUCUGUCCAAUCAGAAUGGCGUUAUUACAGAGAUUAUCUACCCGGAGGCCAUCAAUAUGUUUUCAGUAAAUCUAUUUCGCACCUUGCCGCCCUCCUCGAAUCCCAAUGGCGCUGAAUUCGAUCCGGAAGAGGAUGAGCCAACAUUGGAGUCAUCUUGGCCACAUUUGCAAUUAGUCUAUGAGCUAUUUUUGCGUUUUUUGGAGUCACCCGAUUUCCAGCCAAAUAUUGCAAAACGUUAUAUCGAUCAUCAAUUUGUAUUACAACUGUUGGAUUUAUUCGAUUCGGAGGAUCCACGUGAACGUGAUUUCCUUAAGACUGUUCUACAUCGCAUCUAUGGCAAAUUCUUGGGAUUGAGGGCAUUUAUUAGGAAACAGAUCAACAACGUGUUUUACAGAUUUAUCUACGAAACGGAGCAUCAUAAUGGCAUUGCCGAGUUGCUGGAAAUAUUGGGUAGCAUCAUUAAUGGAUUUGCUUUACCGCUCAAGGAGGAGCACAAACAAUUUUUACUUAAGGUGUUGUUGCCAUUGCACAAAGCCAAGAGCCUCUCCGUAUACCAUCCGCAGCUGACAUACUGCGUGGUGCAGUUCCUUGAAAAGGAUCCCAGUUUGUCAGAGGCGGUCAUAAAAAGUCUAUUGAAGUUUUGGCCCAAAACCCACAGUCCUAAGGAGGUUAUGUUUUUGAAUGAGGUGGAGGAGCUGCUCGAUGUUAUUGAACCGGCCGAAUUUCAGAAGGUGAUGGCGCCCCUAUUCCGUCAGAUAUCCAAAUGCGUCUCUUCGCCGCAUUUUCAGGUGGCGGAGCGUGCACUUUAUUACUGGAACAAUGAGUACAUUAUGUCGCUGAUAGCGGACAAUUCGCAGACCAUAUUGCCCAUCAUGUUUCCAGCGCUUAAUCGUAACUCUAAAACGCACUGGAAUAAGACCAUUCACGGUCUCAUUUACAAUGCCCUUAAGCUGUUCAUGGAGAUGAAUCAGCGACUGUUCGAUGAGUGUAGCAAGAACUACAAACAGGAGAAGCAGCAGGAACGCGAGAAGCUUACGCAACGCGAGGAGCUUUGGCAACAGGUGGAGAGCCUGGCCAAAACCAAUCCGGAGUGGACCAAGGCGCGUCGCUUUAGCGAUAGUCUGUCGAUGUCCGAUAGUCAAAUACUGUACGAUCAAUACAAUGAGAAUUGUGAUCUAACCUACGAUAAGCUUGAGCAACAGUCAAGGCCGCCACCGGCGCUAAAGCAACAGCCAAACCAGGAGCCCAGAGAGAUGCGCGGUGAACGGAACAAGGACAAGCCGCUGAUACGACGGAAAUCCGACCUGCCCUCGGACAGCGGUACUGUGCGCGCCCUCAUCGAGCACAAGCGAACCGAUGAGUACCUGACAACGCCGCCCCCAGAUGCAAACAACUGUUAGGCCUGCUGUCUGUCACCCCAUUCUCUCGGGCUGGUCCUCCCUCACGUGCCCGAACGCUGGCGUUGCACAGACGUCGCUAAGGUUCUACAUAGAUUAAACGAAAUACACAUAUAGAACACAUAGAACACUUAUAUAGAAACAGAAAUAUGUCUAAUCGAUGAUUAUAAUGAUAGGGGGCUGGAUGAUGCUGCAGAUGAUUUGAUGAUGAUAAUGAUGAUGAUGAUAAUAAGCUGACGUAUAUUGUUGUUUGUAUGUUUUGUGAGCGUGUGGCAACAAGUGCAGCACACAAGUUUUAUAGAAAUAUAUUAUAAAUUUACAAUAAUAACUACAUAAUAAAUAAACACGCAUAAUACCAACCAAUAAAAUCCCAAACAAAUUCUAGCUGAAAGGCGAUAAAUGCUUUUUGUGUUUACCGCGAAACAUUGCAUGAGCCAAAAAGAAUUAAACGAAUUAAUGAAAUGAUAUUUUGCCCCAAUUGUCGUUCUGCAUGCAGCCAUUGCCAAUUUUCUUAUACACCAUUCCAAUAAUAAUAU